GGGGGAGGCCGCGUUGAAAAGUUGUGGGGGGGGGGCCCUUGUUGGGCCCUAAUAGGAAGGGGCAGGAGAUUUUGGUCUAGAAAGAUUUGCUAGGUCUGAUUGCGUGGCAUCUCUGGGAUCCUUUGAGGGUUAGAUGCUUCAGGGGUGUUCGGCCAAGCUUAUUCAGGGAUCGCACGAAGGGGGUUUCAGAAUCGAAGUGGUGAAGGGUUUGGCCGAAUUUGAUUGGGGGAGGCAGCAGAGAUCUGUCUGUAGGAGUCACUGCUGGCUGGGGGGGAGGGAGAAGGCAAGAGGCUUGGCCAGACUUGAUUGGGAAGGCUACAGGGACCUGUGUCGGGUGGGGGGCUUCGUCAUGGGGUUGGUGAACUUGGCUGGGUCUCAUCGGGAUAAGUAACAAGGAUCUUCAGGAGACUGCUCCGGGCCCAAUUAAGGGGUUUAUCUGGAUAGGGUCAGGGGCUAGGCCAGAAAGUGGGGUGUCUGGCGUUCAGCUGAGUUUGGAGGGCCGGAUUAGGGAAAGCGGCAGGGACCAGGUCAAUUGGAGCAUCUUGGGAAGGAGCAACUGGGGAGGCUCAAGGACCAGAUCAGGGCUGCAGGCGGCAGGGAUGUGGAGCUUGAAGGCUGGAUUUCUGGAGGAGUGGAGUCUUCAGGGACCGUGCCUACACCGGGGAGACCACAGGGGCCGGGGCGCUAUCGCAGUCUGGGGCGUUGGGCCCUGAACUUGGAGGCUGCUAAAUCCUUACCCAGCAGCAGUGAGGGAGGCAGAAAUCUUGGGGCCCACAGCCGGGGGCAGCGGCAUGGACCGCCAUGGGAUAAGGGCUCCACGCUGGGCACUGUGAAGAUCCGUCCGGCUCCGCCACCUCCAGUGAUCCGCUUCCACACAGCCCUGCCCGGGCUCCCAAACCCACGACUACGCGGCCAAGGAUGGCGCAGCUGGUGGGGACCCCGUACUUGGGCAGGUGUGGAUCGAUGGCCUCUGCCUGUUCGCCGAGGUCGCCUUUGUCUUGCGCCGCUGUGCGGGCUCAUCUAGGGUCUCAGAGUAAGCCCAGGGAACCCUGCGCUGACCCCGGCUCCUACCCCCGCAGCCCGCCUUGAGCCAUGGACUGGCAGCCGGACGAGCAGGGCCUGCAGCAGGUCUUGCAGUUGCUCAAAGACUCGCAGUCACCCAACACCGCCACACAGCGCAUUGUCCAGGAUAAACUCAAACAACUGAACCAGUUUCCUGACUUCAACAACUAUCUGAUCUUCGUCUUGACCAGACUCAAGUCGGAAGAUGAGCCAACUCGCUCUCUCAGUGGCCUCAUCCUCAAGAACAAUGUGAAGGCCCAUUACCAGAGCUUCCCACCACCUGUGGCUGACUUCAUCAAACAGGAGUGUCUCAAUAACAUCGGUGAUGCCUCCUCACUCAUCCGAGCUACCAUUGGCAUUCUUAUCACCACCAUCGCUUCCAAGGGUGAGCUUCAGAUGUGGCCCGAGCUGCUGCCCCAGCUGUGCAACCUGCUCAACUCAGAGGAUUACAACACCUGUGAGGGAGCCUUUGGAGCCCUCCAGAAGAUCUGCGAAGACUCAUCUGAGCUUCUGGACAGCGACGCCCUCAACAGGCCCCUCAACAUCAUGAUCCCCAAGUUCCUGCAGUUCUUCAAGCACUGCAGCCCCAAGAUCCGGUCCCAUGCCAUCGCCUGUGUGAACCAGUUCAUCAUGGACCGGGCCCAGGCUCUGAUGGACAACAUUGACACCUUCAUCGAGCACCUGUUUGCCUUGGCCGUGGAUGAUGACCCCGAGGUGCGGAAGAAUGUGUGCCGUGCUCUGGUGAUGCUGUUGGAAGUGCGGAUCGACAGGCUCAUCCCUCACAUGCACAGCAUAAUCCAGUACAUGCUGCAGAGGACCCAGGAUCACGACGAGAAUGUGGCCCUCGAGGCUUGCGAGUUUUGGCUGACGCUGGCCGAGCAGCCCAUCUGCAAGGAAGUCCUGGCCUCCCAUCUAGUCCAGUUGAUCCCUAUCCUUGUAAAUGGGAUGAAGUACUCAGAAAUUGACAUCAUUCUGCUGAAGGGGGAUGUGGAGGAGGAUGAGGCAGUCCCUGACAGCGAGCAGGACAUCAAGCCACGCUUCCACAAGUCACGCACAGUGACGCUGCCCCAUGAGGCUGAGCGACCAGAUGGAUCUGAGGACGCCGAGGAUGACGAUGAUGACGAUGCUUUGUCUGACUGGAAUCUGAGGAAGUGCUCAGCGGCUGCGCUAGACGUCCUCGCCAAUGUUUUCCGGGAGGAACUGCUGCCCCACCUACUCCCCCUGCUCAAGGGCCUUCUCUUCCAUCCCGAGUGGGUGGUCAAGGAGUCGGGCAUCCUGGUGCUGGGCGCCAUCGCUGAGGGUUGCAUGCAGGGCAUGGUGCCCUACCUGCCUGAGCUGAUCCCACACCUGAUCCAGUGCUUGUCAGACAAGAAGGCCCUGGUCCGCUCCAUCGCCUGCUGGACGCUAAGCCGCUAUGCCCACUGGGUGGUCAGCCAGCCGCCUGACAUGCACCUCAAGCCCCUGAUGACUGAGCUACUCAAACGCAUCUUGGAUGGCAACAAGAGGGUACAAGAGGCAGCCUGCAGUGCCUUCGCCACCCUGGAGGAAGAGGCCUGCACGGAGCUGGUGCCCUACCUCAGCUAUAUCCUGGACACCCUCGUCUUCGCCUUUGGCAAGUACCAGCACAAGAACCUGCUUAUCCUCUACGAUGCCAUCGGCACCCUGGCUGACUCUGUGGGCCAUCACCUCAACCAGCCGGAAUACAUCCAGAAGCUGAUGCCCCCACUGAUCCAGAAGUGGAACGAGCUCAAGGAUGAAGACAAGGAUCUGUUCCCGCUGCUGGAGUGCCUGUCAUCUGUGGCCACUGCUCUCCAGAGUGGCUUCCUGCCCUACUGUGAGCCUGUCUACCAGCGCUGUGUCACCCUAGUGCAGAAGACACUGGCCCAGGCCAUGAUGUACAACCAGCACCCUGAGCAGUAUGAGGCCCCUGACAAGGACUUCAUGAUCGUGGCACUGGAUCUGCUCAGCGGACUGGCCGAGGGCUUGGGUGGCCAUGUGGAGCAGCUGGUAGCCCGCAGCAACGUCAUGACACUGCUGUUCCAGUGCAUGCAGGACUCUAUGCCUGAGGUCCGGCAGAGCUCCUUUGCCCUCCUGGGUGACCUCACCAAAGCCUGCUUCAUCCACGUCAAGCCCUGCAUCGCUGAGUUCAUGCCUAUCCUGGGCACCAACCUGAACCCUGAGUUCAUCUCGGUCUGCAACAAUGCCACCUGGGCCAUUGGUGAGAUCUGCAUGCAGAUGGGGGCAGAGAUGCAGCCCUAUGUGCAGAUGGUCCUCAACAACCUGGUGGAGAUCAUUAACCGGCCCAACACACCCAAGACGCUGCUGGAAAAUACAGGUCGCCUGACGAGUUCCUCUGCCAUUCCAGCCAUCACCAUUGGCCGCCUGGGCUACGUGUGCCCCCAGGAGGUGGCACCCAUGCUGCAGCAAUUCAUCCGGCCUUGGUGCACAUCCCUCAGGAACAUCAGGGACAACGAGGAGAAGGACUCUGCCUUCCGAGGCAUCUGCAUGAUGAUAGGCGUCAACCCUGGGGGUGUUGUGCAGGAUUUUAUUUUCUUCUGUGAUGCUGUAGCCUCCUGGGUGAGCCCAAAGGAUGACCUUCGGGACAUGUUUUAUAAGAUUCUCCACGGCUUCAAAGAUCAAGUCGGGGAGGAGAACUGGCAACAGUUCUCGGAGCAGUUCCCACCGCUGCUCAAGGAGCGUCUGGCUGCCUUCUACGGCGUCUAGACAGGCAUCGGGACUGUCAGGUUUCUGUCUGCGUUGUCAUCAGAGGGAUUGCCAGGAGCGCGCUGCGUCCAGAAGUCACCGUGCCCUGGUUGAGGGGGGUUAGGGAGGAGGAAGUGGGACCCAAAUCCAGACGCCUACCCCGUCCGUCU